UUUUCUUUUUUAAUGAAUUUUUCCAUUAGUGAGCUUGGUUUCAUUUGGAUCAGAGUUUGGAUUUUUAUGCUUUGUCAAUGAAGUUGCUUGACAAACUGGGAUAGUGUUAGUCUACAACAAAGAGAGGAGAUAAUAUAUGGAUUUAUGGGUGGUUGCAGCAGCUACAGGCGCAGGGUACAUAGCCAAGUACUGGCGAAACUUGAAAUCUAAUGAUAGAGAAACCUCUUCUGCAUCAUUUUCCUUUGAUUCAAUUUACAGGCAAUCUGAAUCCAGGAACUUGCUGCAACAAAUAAGGGAUCAAACCAGCCCCUUACGCAGACUAGCCGGCGAACAAUUAGACAUAGAUGGCUUAUUUAUACACGGAAAAGAUUUUAUAGGAUUUACAACUACUCAAAGGCAAGUGGAGAACAAUGACGACUAUAAUUUGCUUUCAUUAACAAGUUUUCCGCCAUUGUUAAAAGAAAAUAAAAAUUUUCAAGGAAAUGGAAAUGGGAUGGAGGGAAAGAGUAACUUCUCUGAUGUAUCUAGACAUCUUAGGAGUAGGUAUUAUGGGAAUUUUCUUGAACCCCUUGAGCUUGAUUCAUUGGAAAGCAGCCUUAGAGCUCAGUUGCUUAUGGAAUAUGCUGCAAUGGAGGAAUAUGUUCAUAGUUCAGUUCCUGAGCAGUCCAUACCAACAGUGAGACCAUUGUUGUUAACUGAUGGGAGCCGGAUAAUCAGCAGGGCUAGCUGCGAUUCCAACCGUGAAAUGCAGCUACAGAACGGAGAAUAUAAGCUUCAAAGUGAAGAUGGGCUAGAGCAAAAUGAGAUGCAGCUGUUACAAAGGAAACUUAAACAAGAGAUUCGAAGGCAGUCCAGAAGAUUCUCCAUGAUGAGGGAAACUAGUCAAUCAUUCCAUUCACAAGCUGCACGCUUGCCAGGACUUCCCAAUCCAAAGCUUCUUUUCUUCCUUGGGAUCAGUAUUGGUGUAAUGUCCACCAUUCUUGCCAACAAAGGUGAAAUGGAAAAAUUAAACGAGCAGUUGCAGGAGAACGAGAACUUGGUUCAAGAUUUACAGGAGGAGCUGGAAAUGAAAGAACUGCUAAAUGUGAAGGAGCUUAAGCUUGAUGAGGCUUUUGAGUCCUCCGCAACAAAUAAGGACCCAUUACUCAGCGAUACACCACAUGGUUCAUACACCAAACAAGAAUUAGAUAUAUAUAACAAUUCUGAUGGUGAAGAACCAGACGAUCAGAAAGCAGUAGGUUCUGAGGCAAUGAGUAAAAUUGAGGCUGAGCUUGAAGCAGAACUAGAAAGAUUGGAGGUAAACAUGAGGACAUAUAGCUUGGAGAAAAUUCCUGAUUAUGUUGAGCUUGAUCCUGGUUUUGACACAGAUAUUGUUCAUGGUGAUCUAAAACUAGAUAAGGCUAAAGGGGACCCUUGUGGUUUAUCUGAUUCAGACCAUGAAGUAAGCGGAACAUCCACCAAUCCACCUGAUAUAGAAAACUAUGCUGUGUCACCUCGAGAGUUAAGCCUGCAACUUCAUAAAGUUAUUCAAUCAAGGCUAGAAGCACGCAUCAUGGAACUUGAGGCUGCCCUUGAACAUAACCAGAAGCGGUUGCAUUCUAUGGAAUUGGAAAGCGUAAAGCCUUGGAGAAAAAGGGACUCGUAUGGCGAAUUAGAAUCUUCUUCCCAUGAAAGCACAACUUUCAUUGAUGAAAACUAUGAGGAUGAUUGACUCUUGGUUAUGAAUUUGUCUGGGGAAGUUCCACUUCCAGCAACCUACAACAAGGCUUAUGAAGUAAUUACGAGGACGAUCAAUUAGUGAAGAGACAAUAGUGAUGGUUUUUGAGAAAGAAGCAGAAUGUUCAGAAAGGCCAAAAUAGUGAAGUAGAAGGUCUGUUGGAGUUCAACAAAGUUGGUAAAGAAUUGAACUGAUGAUAACAUCUGAUCUGCUUCCUGGGAAGAAUAGAAAGGUAGGAGUUAGGAAUCAAAUGAGCUGGUGAAUAUGAUUUCCAUAGAGCAGAUUGUGAAUUAAAUGGGAUGGCUGUAAAUAUCAUAGCAAGAAUGAAAAAAAAGGAUUAGAUUAGCCUCAGCUAAAAUAAAAUGUUUAUUUUUGUAUGUGUAAUUAAUUUUAUAUGCUUGGAGCAUUGCAGAUUGUAGAGCCAAAAGAAAUUUGUAAAAAAUGUCGUAGAAAAG